UUUUUCUAGGACUGACUCAGCUCCUGUCCUUGAAAGCUCUCCUCCCAUCCUGACUCCAUCUGUGUGGUUGCAACAGAUCUUGUUGCUUGAGUUUUUCGGAGGAGCAAGAAGCAGUAACCAGACGCUUUCACCGAGAGGAAAACACCACCCCAUCCCUCUAAGGACUGAACCAAGACAACACACAGCCCCGCUGGUUACUCCUUAAAGUCCAGAUAUCUUUUUUUCCUUGGGCUCCAACCCCUUUGGGUUAAUAAAGGCAUUGACUCUGAAUGGUGAAUGAUGCCUCUUUGCUCCAACUGCCUUCUCUUUCCUUUCCUGGUCUAGCUUCUAGAGUCAUAGAACCAUAUGAUCAUAGGAUUUUAGAAUCUAGCUACCUAUUGAUCAUUCUAUAGUUGCCCUGCCCUUGGGGAAAGAAGACAUUAAUAUGGGAACCAUUAAAUACCAAUACAAGAAAUAAAUUGCUCAAUAUGACAAAUAGAAUAUAGGAAUACUAUGUAAAUGACAGAUACCCAUAAUAAAUGAGGUGAGAAUCAUCACUAUAGGCCAUGGUGCUCAAGGAAGGCUUGCUUCAUUAUGAAGAAAAUAUGGCUAGGUACUGAAGGUUGGGUAUGGAAGACAAUGGAAGAGGACAUGACUGGGGAGGAGAUACAACAAACCAUAUGGCCAUUAAGUACAGCAUUUUGGUUAGAAGGUAAUAUUUGGGAAGCAAUAAAAAUAUAUUCUCUGAAUAACAUGAUGGACCAAGGUCUGGAUUUCUGAAAAAGCUAGUUUCAGUGAAAGAUGGAGUACUUGCCUCCUCAUGGGAAAUUGUGGUCCCAUCAUGGGAAAAGAAGAAGUUAAAGAAAGGAGCCCAGGUAGGAAGAGUUGGCAAGAAAGGAGAAGGUAAUGACAUCACAACCAGCCGAGAUGAGUUUCUCAUCUCACAAUCGGUCCUUAGCUUCCCAUUGGCUAUCUAUGGGCCAAUUGAAAUUGUGAGUCUGAGUGUAUAAAAGGGUCCCUGUUAUGGGACCUAACACAGGUGCCUGGACGAGUUGGGGAUGCUAGAAGACCUCAGGAUAACGUCAUGCCUGAGAAGCGAUGUCAUCAAGGACCUUCGCAUCCCCGUGCCCGAACUCGAUCACGCUCCUCAAGGGCCCAACUGCAGUUCCCCGUGAGCCGUGUGGACCGCUUUCUGCGCCAGGGCCACUAUGCCCAGAGACUGGCCUCAGGUGCCCCUGUUUUCCUGGCUGCCGUGCUGGAGUACCUGACUGCUGAGAUCCUAGAGCUGGCAGGCAAUGCUGCCCGUGACAACCAGAAAACUCGCAUUGCUCCCCGCCAUGUGCAGCUGGCUGUGCGCAACGAUGCUGAGCUCAACCAGCUCUUUGGCCAUGUCACCAUCUCCCAGGGCGCAGUCUUGCCUCGCAUCCACUCAGAGCUGCUGCAGCCAACCAGCAAGGCCCGCAGCAGCCAGUGCCAUGUUGGACAGCCCCAUACUUAUUCGGUGAAGGCCAAGUGAGCCAUCUUGGAAAGAGCCCAGAAUCUUAUGCAGUAAACACUUCUGUUCUCUGGGUCCUCCAAUUUCAUCACCCCGCAAACCUAUUAAAAGAAAUUAAAUCCAAAA